AUGACAUCCACCCGCAAGAGAGGUCGUGAACCCGAGGAGGAGCUCCAAGCCCUUCCUAGUGAUGAAAGCGAAGAGGAAGAAGAGUAUGAAGACUCCGAACCCGAACUAGAGGAAGGAAGCGACGAGGACGAAGAAGCCGAAGAAUCUGCCUCAGCCUCAGACGAUGAAGACGAAGAGGAAGAAGAGGAAGCCACCAAAGCCCCAGGCCCAGCACCAAAGAAGCGAAAAACCGCACCUGCAGUCGUUGACGAUGAUGAAGGCGUCGAAGUCGCACGGAACGGUGACGGCGGCGAAGAUGAAGAUGAGGAACCUGCUGCCGAGGAAGGAGAGGAAGAACCAGUCGAUGCGACAGCUGAGAAGAGUGGUCCUGCGGCUGCGGCUGCCAAGGCUAAGGGUGGUGAUGUUCCCAAGGAAUCUGAUCUUCCUGAGACUGAGGCGGUUGAGAAGGAUGAGUAGGGGUAGUUUUAGUGGUAAUUCACUAUGGGUUGUCGUUGUUGUAAAAUGGCUUCCUUGGUUUGGGUGUAUGAAUUAUAAUAGGAAUGUAUUGGAUUGCUUUAGGUUAUGGUUUCAUCUACUUGUAUCAUCGCUGGAUCAACGUUAGGGCUUCUGUGGAUCUUAUUGUAGAUGGUGAUUAUACACAGAGCUCGACUAGUUCUUGCUAGUGGCCGAUCCCGUCUGUUUUUCCUACGGACUGGGGCAUGGCGCAUAUCAAGCGUUGGUAUAAUCUAUGUGACUGGCUGAUUAUCAUUUGUCUCCAUGCUCUCCACUGAGGCAGUUCUUAGAUUGUUGAACACGCGUUGCACCUAGAGGUACCUGUACAUAACCCAG